CGAUCUGGUGUGGUGGACCUCUCGACUAGCUGCUUCUGGCGUAAAGUGUCCACCAGUGUCCUCAGAAGUCCAGUGUCCGAUUUUUAUGGGAAAACAUUCGGCCGGUAGUUCCACUUCCAUUUAGUGCCAAGAAGAACACUAGGCGACGGAGGAGGAUCGAAGAUGGAGCGCGGACUACACGACCGGGAUCGCGUUGGCCUGCAGGAUCAGGUGUUGUUGGAGAACUACCACAGCGAGGACGCAUUCAUAGACAACCUAAAGAAGCGGUUUCAGGAGAAUCUAAUCUACACUUACAUCGGCCACGUCCUGAUAUCGGUGAACCCGUACCGAGAGCUGCCGAUCUACACCGAGAGCGAUGUCAAAGAGUACCGGAAGCGACACUUUUUCGAGGCCCCGCCACACGUGUUCGCCCUGAGUGACAACGCGUACCGUUCGCUGACGGAGGAAAACCGAGGCCAGUGUAUUUUAAUCUCGGGCGAAAGCGGUUCCGGCAAGACGGAAGCGUCGAAGAAGGUGCUACAGUUCAUCGCGGCCGCCACCGGGCACACGCACAACGUCGAGGGGGUCAAGGAUAAGCUACUGCAGAGCAACCCGGUGCUGGAGGCGUUCGGUAAUGCGAAGACGAACCGCAACGACAACUCGUCGCGCUUCGGCAAGUACAUGGACGUGCAGUUCGACUACGCCGGGGUGCCCGAGGGUGGCAACAUACUGAACUAUCUGCUCGAGAAGUCACGCGUCAUCCACCAGAGUGGUGGCGAGCGAAAUUUCCACAUCUUCUACCAGCUGCUGGCCGGCGCGGACGAUGCCCUGCUCCGCGAGCUGCACCUGAAGCGCAACCUCGACACGUACUACUACCUGACCGAUGGGGCUAAUGGCAAUGUGGCGAAUAUUCGCGAUGCCGACAACUUCCGCGUCGUGCAGAAGGCAAUGACCGUGAUCGAGAUCGUGGAGGCGGAGCAACGGCAGAUCCUCGACAUCGUGGCCGCCGUCCUGCACAUGGGCAACGUGGGUUUCACGGAGGAGGAAGGCAAAGCGAAGAUACUGAAGCCAGAAUCGGUGGCGGCCAUCGCCAAGUUAAUGAAAUGCAACGAAGAGCAGCUGUCGAAUGCGUUCACCCAUCGGACGAUCGAGGCGCGGGGAGAGAUUGUGACCAGCCCGUUGAAUCGUGAGCUGGCGAUCUAUGCUCGCGAUGCACUGGCGAAGGCCGUGUACGAUCGGCUGUUUUCGUGGCUGGUGUCACGCAUCAACACCUCGCUGCACACGGAGGGCGCCAUGAAGAAGAACAGCGUGAUGGGCAUCCUGGACAUCUAUGGGUUCGAGAUUUUCAAAAAGAACAGCUUCGAGCAGUUUUGCAUCAACUUCUGCAACGAGAAAUUGCAGCAGCUGUUUAUCGAGCUGACUUUGAAGCAAGAACAAGAGGAAUAUCUGCGCGAAGGCAUCGAGUGGGUGCCGGUCGAGUACUUCGACAACAAGGUGAUCUGCAAUCUGAUCGAGGAGAAGCACAAGGGUAUCGUGGCGCUGAUGGACGAGGAGUGCCUGCGGCCGGGCGAUCCGACCGAUCUGAGCUUCCUGGGGAAGAUGAACGAUAAUCUCGGAUCGCACCCGCACUACAUCUGCCACAGUCGUGCGUCGACGACCGUGCAGAAGACGAUGGGCCGUGACGAGUUCCGCCUGGUGCACUACGCCGGUGACGUCACGUACAGUGUGCACGGGUUUCUGGACAAAAACAAUGACCUACUGUUCCGCGAUCUGAAGGAGACGAUGGCCGAGUGCGGAAAUGGCAUCAUCCAGCGGUGCUUCCCGGCGGCCGACAUCGGUAGCAAGCGGCGCCCGGAAACGGCCGUCACGCAGUUCAAGAACUCACUCAACAACCUGAUGGACAUUCUGAUGUGCAAGGAACCGUCCUACAUCCGGUGCAUCAAACCGAACGACCUGCAGACGCACGGUCAGUUUGAUGUCGAGCUGGUGCGCCAUCAGGUGAAGUACCUGGGUCUGAUGGAGAAUCUGCGCGUUCGUCGUGCCGGGUUCGCUUACCGGCGCACGUACGAACUGUUCCUGCAGCGAUACAAGUGCCUUAGCCGUCAGACGUGGCCCCACUACCACGGGCCGGCGAAAGACGGCGUUCAGAUACUGGCGAACGAGCUGGGCUACGAGAAGGAUGAUUAUCGCAUGGGCAAGACGAAGAUUUUCAUCCGCUUCCCGAAGACGCUCUUCGAAACGGAGGAUGCGUUCCAGGCCAAGAAGCACUAUCUGGCGUCGGUGAUCCAGGCUCGCUGGAAGGGACGCCGUCAGCGACGUGCCUAUCUCGAGAUUCGCGCCCGGAUUAUCCUCGGCCAGGCGUACAUUCGGCGCUAUCUGGCGCUCCAGGAGUUGAAGCGACGGCGCGAAGCAUCCGCCAAGAUACGGUUCUUCAUCAAAGGUUUCAUCACCCGGCACGGUGAGCCGAACGAGUGCAACAAAUCCUUCAUUCAGCACACGAAGCGCCACUGGUUGAUGAAGCUGGCCAAGAGCCUGCCCCGCACGUUUAUGAAGCACACGUGGAUAGACGCACCGAAACACUGCCAGGAGGCGUCCGAUCUGUUACGCCAGAUGCACAAACUUCACCUCGCCCGACUGUACCGUCGCGCGCUGAGCGCCGAAAAGAAGCGCCAGCUCGACCUGAAGGUCCUAUCGGAAUCGAUGUUCAAAAACCGGAAGCGAAACUACCCGGAAAGCAUUGGCCCGUGGUUUGUCGACGAUCGCAUUUCGAAGCAACACGCAACGCCAAUCUCCAACUUCACCGUCACGCAGAUGAAUGGCGAAAAGUUGCACUAUUCCACACCCGUCAUCAAGUACGACCGGCGAGGAUAUAAGCCUCGCGAGCGGUUCUUUCUGCUGACCGACCGGGCAGUCUAUUUGCUGGACGGCAAAACGUACAAACAGAAGCACCGGUUGCCACUGGACAAGAUCGACUUCUGUAUCACCAACGAGCGAGACGGCAUCAUGCUGAUCCGGAUCCCGCUCGAACUGAAGAAGGACAAGGGCGAUCUAAUACUGGACAUUCCGGACGUGAUCGAGUGCUGCAUUUGGAUUGUGGAUGCGGCAAAGAACCGCAGUAAUAUCGUCAACAUCGUCGACACCGGAUCACUUUCGCAUAACCUAGUCAGAGGCAAGACAGGCGUCAUAGAAAUUCAGACUGGACCGCAGCCCAGCAUAACCCGGGCAAAGAGUGGCAACUUGCUGGUUAUUGCUGGUCAAUAACGGGAACACCGAAAAGGUUUACCGGCAUGCGCAGUCACACCCGGUCGCGCAACGAAAGAAGGGAACAAACUACGCUCACCGUGACCCCGUGUCACCGCGCCGCACCUUAUCGACAGGGCAGCAGCAGGACACCGUGGCACGGGAUAAAUAUUUUACUAACCCAUUUUGCCUUACGACGCAAACGGAUGCGAGGCGCACAUUAUUUUGCACUUUUCACCCCAAAAAUUGUCGGAAAAAAGCAAGAAAGUCCCGCGCGAGUUAAAGAGUUUAACGAAACUUUAGACAGAAAAAAAGGGGGCGAGCUUAUCAGUGCGCGGCAUUGCACCCCUUCUGGUUCCGAAGAACCGUCGCUCGGUCGCGGGUUCGGAUUCAGCAGUUUUCGCAACCUUUUUUGUUUUGCGCGAAUUCGCGCGAGGGUUGAUUUAAAUUGCGUUCGCCGGAGGAAGAAGCGCUUCCAUUCUUUCUUUUAGAACACACGCGUUUGGUCGGGACUGUCGGUAGUUUCGGUGUAAAUUACGGACGGUAGGGAGUGUGUCGGAAGUGGACGGGAAAAGAAAGCGCACACACGCGCGUGUAGCAGCAGGAGCAGAAAGAAUUACCGAAUUUGCACAUAAAAUACCCUCUAGAAAUCCAUGAUUGUCCAUAUAGAGAAUAGAAAAGUGCCAUUAGCGUUAGGCGCGCGGUGGAAGAAAGGAUCAACGAGUCGAAUCCGGUGCUGUCCGGUGUGCGCUCUGAAAUUAGAGGGGAGCGAAGAAGUGGAACGCCUAUCGAGAGCGAAAUUAAAAAUGGGCACACUGCUAAAACUAGAGGACGACCUUUUACCCCGACAUAAAUUGAACUGUUCAAAUUGGCCGGAGCCCAUUGAGUGUCCGUCCGCUUGGCCGUGCGGGCAGUGAUUUUGUAAACUGUAAAAUGUUGUUAAAGAGCGCUGUUAACCCCGCGCAAUAGUCGAGAUAAAUUGUAUUACUUAGAGAUAGUUCGUU